CGAACUCGCAGCUAAGCCCGGCUGUCCCACAGGCCCUGGACGCAGCAUGACACAACAGUGAAGAUGGCGUGUUGUGGAAACUGUUUUUGUUGCCAGUGUUGCUGCAGAGAAGGAGAGACGCGGACACCAGAGGAGCUGACAAUCCUUGGGGAAAUCCGAGAAGAAGAUGAUGAAAUUCUGCCCAGGAAGGACUAUGAGAGCUUGGAUUAUGACCGCUGCAUCAACGAGCCCUACGUGGAAGUUCUGGAGGGGAUGGACAACAAGAAAGCCAAAAAGUACGAAGCAGUCCGGUGGAUGAUGAUGUUUGCCAUCGGAGUGGCGGUGGGUCUGGUGGGCCUGUUUGUGGAUUUCUUCGUACGCCUCUUCACUAAAAUCAAGUUCACUCUGGUUGGUGAUUCAGUGGAGAAGUGCAGCGACAAAGGCUGCCUCUCUCUGUCUCUGCUGGAGCUCCUGGCCUUCAACAUGACCUUCGUCUUCAUCGCCAGCGUGCUCGUCCUAAUUGAGCCAGUAGCUGCAGGUUCAGGGAUCCCAGAAAUCAAAAGUUACUUGAACGGAGUGAAGAUUCCCGGAAUCGUCCGGCUGCGAACGUUCCUCUGCAAGGCUGCUGGAGUCCUGUUCAGCGUGGCUGGAGGUCUGUUUGUGGGGAAGGAAGGUCCAAUGAUCCACAGCGGCGCCAUUGUGGGAGCUGGCCUUCCUCAGUUUCAGAGCAUCACUUUCAAGAGGAUCAACUUUGAUUUUCCCUACUUCCGCAGUGACAGGGACAAGAGAGACUUUGUGUCAGCCGGCGCUGCUGCAGGAGUAGCUGCUGCCUUCGGUGCUCCGAUAGGUGGCACCCUCUUCAGUCUGGAGGAGGGCUCCUCUUUCUGGAACCAGGCCCUUACCUGGAAAGUGCUCUUCUGUUCCAUGUCGGCCACGUUCACCCUCAACUUCUUCCGUUCGGGGAUCAACUUCAACAAGUGGGGCUCCUUCCAGCUUCCCGGGCUGCUCAACUUCGGAGAGUUCAAGUGUCCAGAUGGAGAUAAGAACUGCCACCUGUGGACAGCAGUGGACCUGGCCUUCUUUGUCCUGAUGGGGGUGAUGGGUGGCCUGCUGGGGGCCCUCUUCAACUGCAUGAACAAGGGUCUGGCGAAAUACCGCAUCCGCCACAUCCACCCGAAGGCCAAGUUCAUCAGAGUCCUGGAGAGUCUGCUGGUUAGCAUGGUGACGACAGUGGUGAUAUUUGUAGCUUCCAUGGUGUUGGGCGAAUGUCGGGACCUGUCCUCCCCCACAGCCCACAACACCACGCUGUCCGGCAGUGAGGACAUCAACUCAACCGUCCGCCAGUUCUUCUGCACCAACAAGACCUACAAUGACAUGGCCACGUUGUUCUUCAACCCGCAGGAAGCAGCCAUCCACCAGCUCUUCCACCAGGAAGGUACCUUCAGCCCUGUGACUCUGUCAGUGUUCUUCCUACUGUACUUCCUGUUGGCCUGUUGGACGUACGGUGUGUCUUUACCCAGUGGGCUCUUUGUGCCCUCGCUGCUGUGCGGGGCGGCUUUUGGACGUCUGGUUGCCAACAUCCUCAAAGUAUGCAAAUCCUGGGGGUACCCUGUUAAUGUACAUCCACCUGUUUGCCUCUCUGUACGUCCACCACAGAGCGCCACCCAGCCCAGGCUGUCCUACGCAGAGAUGACAGAGGAUUACCCACGUUACCCUGACAUCCAUGACUUGGACCUCGCCCUGCUCAACCCCCGCAUGAUAGUGGACGUCACCCCCUACAUGAACCCGUGUCCCUACACAGUGUCACCCAACACCCGCAUCUGCCAGGUGUUCAACCUGUUCAGGACCAUGGGCCUGCGACACUUACCUGUGGUCAACGCUGUGGGGGAGAUUGUCGGAAUAAUCACAAGACAUAAUUUAACCCACGAGUUCCUGGUGGCCAAACUGCGACAGCACUACAUCACCAUUUGAGUCGACUCUGGACGUCCUGCCGUCCCCCUCCGACCCCCCCAGACUCUGUUCAGCCUGGUCCUGAGCCUCUUGUCUCUGUCCUUUCCUAACAGCAUGUUCCCAAACACUUUCAGGGCUUUCACAACCACACACACGUUCUCCGUCACCCAGUCAGGAACACACUUCUCCAAUAAGUGAAACCAUUCAGUUGUAUUUCACAUUUCCAGUGUAGCGUUGUCAGCCUCCGAUCCACCGGGCCGGACACAUGUACUGUAGGUACCAUAGAACAGUUAUGGAAUAGAUUGUAUAAUCGCUAAUGUAACUGGGGGACUGAGAACACGUUUCUUUUUUUAAAUCAGGAGAUCGCUUUGUUAGCAGCAUCACACAGUCCCAACAUGAAUUAUAUCUGUGGUCUCCACACAGAUGAAGACCAGCCCUGAAGAUUUGUUCAGUGAUUCUGACAGGUCUGAAGUUGAGCUCAUUGGCUGCUGUUUCUGCUGGUUGGAGACGCAAUUGACCAAUCAGAGCUUGCUAGGCAGAAUUCAGACUGAGGAAGUCAUCGUUAGCUAGCUACAGAACUACAUCUGGGAAAACAUACAAAACAGAAACAGAGCAGACUUGCAGUGGUGCUGUGCCAUGCUUCUGACGGCCAUUAUUCCAAACUCCAAUAGUUUGAAAAAUGUCUUACUGGACCUAAAGCCCAUUUGUCAGCCCGUUACCCGAAAAACAAAUUCCCAAUGCUCUGAAAAUACCAGUUGUUAGUUCAGUGGCUGACUCCGAGUCUGUGGUGCUCAGUCGGCGAUGAUUUUAUUCCCUCGUUGGAAAUUUGUCUGCGACAGUAACAUCUUUUGAAAUGUGGUUUGGUGGAAGGCUGGCAAAUCCUAUUAAAGGGUCAUUUCGGCAUGUUUAAACUAGGGCCCUGUUUCCACAUAUUUUAGGGUCGAAAUGACUCGGAGGUACGAACCUGCAGCUGUGGCAUCCACAGAAAGUGCUUCUUCUGCCUGCAACAGGCUCAGGCUGUUACACCAGGUGUCUGAC